GCGGUCAGUGCAUUAGCUGGAGUUCAGGACCAGCUCAUUGAGAAGCGGGAGCCAGGCAGUGGCACAGAAAGCGACACUUCUCCAGACUUUCACAAUCAGGAGAAUGAGCCCAACCAGGAGGAUGCUGAGGAGCUGGAUGGGUCUGUGCAGGGGGUGAAACCCCAGAAAGCUGCUUCCUCUACUUCUUCUGGAAGCCACCACAGCAGCCACAAAAAACGGAAGAACAAAAAUCGACACAGCCCGUCUGGCAUGUUUGAUUAUGACUUUGAGAUUGAUCUCAAGUUAAACAAAAAGCCAAGAGCC